CAGACAUAGAAGAGCAGGGAAGAAAGAGUACACCGUUUCCUUUUGGGCAGCUUUUAAUCUUAAAAAGAAUGUAACUCUGAGUCGCAGGGGGCAGAGCCCACUUCAGUGAGACCUCCCUCCCAAACCUGCCGGAUCCUCUGCUUCCACCCUCGGCAAAGCCGGCGCCUCAGCAGCCUCGCAGCCUGCCCCGGGCACAGCCAUGGCUACGGGGAAGGUUUGCUGCCUGGUGCUGCUGACCCUGGGGGUGCUGGCGGUGGUUGUUGUGCUUGUGGUCAUCCUGAGUCGUCCCAAGUGUGCUCCUCAGCAGUACCUGCACGGUGCCGUGGCUGCUGACACCGAGACCUGCUCUGCCAUCGGCCGGGACAUCCUGAAAAGUGGAGGCACAGCUGUGGAUGCUGCCAUUGCUGGGUUGAUCUGCACUGCAGUGAUGAACCCUCAGAGUUCAGGCCUGGGUGGUGGGGUCAUAUUCACCAUCUAUAAUGCCAGCACAGGAACAGUUGAGGUGAUCAAUGCCCGUGAGACCGUCCCCCGGGUGUUUCCCCGUGAUUUGCUCUCUGGCUGUGCUGCUGGUUUCCCCAUAGGUCCCCACUGGAUUGCUGUACCAGGAGAAAUCCGUGGGUACGAAGCAGCCCACAGGCGACACGGCCGCUUGCCAUGGAAAGCCCUGUUUGAACCAACCAUCAAGCUCCUCUCAGAGCCCCUUGUCAUUUCCCCAGUUCUGGACAAGAUAAUCCAUCACCAGGCCUUCUCCAGUGUGGGAAAAAGUCUGUGCCCACUGAUCUGUGACGGUCAAAGGUUUUUGAAGCAUGGAGAGACCUUCAGGUGGCCAGCUCUGCAGCAAACACUGAGAGCUAUAGCGGAAAAUGGAGCUGCAGCAUUUUAUGAAGGACAGAUAGGAAAGGCCCUGGUGGAGGACAUUAGGAAGGCUGGGUCCAGUAUCUCACUAGAGGACCUUCAAGCAUACAAAGCUGAUGUGUCCUCACCUCUGAAUAUUACCCUGAACAAUCACACCACAGUGUUUUCUCCUGGACCCCCCAUGGGAGGUGCUGUGCUGAUGUUAAUCCUCAAGAUAUUGGAAGAAUAUAACCUUCAUGAGGCAUCACUGGCAACCCCUAAAGACAAAGUGGAAACCUACCAUCACAUUGCAGAGGCCUUGAAGUUUGGCAAUAUGCUGAAGCCCCUGAUGAGUGACCCGGCCUUCUCCGAAGCUCAGGUGCCAGUGGGGACCGUGCUGUCUGACAAGAUUGCUGACCUUGCUAGGGGCCGGAUAGAUGACAGUGGUGACCAUCCCCUCAGCCACUACAACUUGUUUGGCUCCACCUACAACCACACGUACAAAAGCAAGGGCACAAGCCACAUCUCUGUGCUCUCUGCAGAUGGCAGCGCUGUGUCCGCCACCAGCACCAUCAACUACCCGUUUGGCUCCUUUGUGUAUUCUAACCAAACUGGGAUCAUUUUAAACAACGAACUUGCUGAUUUCUGCAUAGCAAACAGAAGCAUUAAGCCAGGAGAGAAGCCUCCCUCAGCAAUGGUGCCUUCCAUCCUCAUCUCCAAGACAGGAGACAUGCUGGUGAUUGGAGGAGGUGGUGGGGCCUGGAUUAUCAGUGCUACUGCUCUGGCCAUCAUAAACAAGCUGUGGCUUGGCUAUGACUUGGAACAUGCCAUUUCAGCUCCCACCAUGCAUACUGAAGGUGACAAGAUUCUGUUUGAGAAACACUUCAGUGAGGAGGUUAGGACUGGCCUGCUGGGAAGAGGACAUAAAGAAGAGAAAGCUAAAUUUUCAAUGAAUGUUGUGCAGGGAAUUUCCAAGGAAGGAAAAUGCAUUUCUGCUUACUCUGAUAAAAGGAAGCUGGGGAAGUCAGCUGGUUAUUAGCUUGCAAUGCCACCACAACUCACAAAACCACAGGGGAAAACUAGAUUCAGACCAUGCUUUGGCUUGGACUUGCCAGUGCUGCCUGUUCAAAUCAGGAUGCCAGCUGGACUGUGGGAAAAACUUGUGAUUUGCAGUUGUGUGAUUCCAAUAAGCUGCAAGGCACCCUCAGGCAGUACAAGGGCAGGUCAGCCUACAUCCUCCAUUACUUAUGUGAUUCCAUAUGAAAAACGUAAUUUUUGAGCACAUCAGCUAUUCCAAAUAAGAGAAUACUGAAUGGGAAAGGAAAAUUGGUUCAAACCCCACUGGGAACACUGUGAAAUCACCAGCUGUAUCUGCCAUUCCUGCUGGAGAGUCUCAGUUAAGAGCAGCAUUGGUUUAUUUCUGGUUGUUGCCACAGUAAGCUUAUUAUUAUGGGGGCUCAGCAAUGUGAAAUGAGUAACUGUGCUGGUUAUAAGGAUUACAAGAAGUUGUCUGUAGGGUCAGGAUUUUAAAAUCUUAAGCAUCUGGGCUUAGAGGGUAGGUUUAGAAAGGGAAGAGAGCAAAACUCCACUCUCCCUCUUGGUUUUCCCAUCCACAUCAGCCCUACUUUUCCCAAAGGCAGCAGAUGGAAUCAGUGCACUACAGCACAAGUCUGCACAUGCCCUGGGGAUGCAAAAGGCCCCACUAGUUCAGAGUAACUGAGCUGAACCUUGCUUCAGCCCUUGCACACUGGUGACUUUGGGAGUGAGGCUCCCAUGGGGUGAUGCCUCUGGGAGGGACAGGCUUCUGCGUUGCUCCUGGGGUCACCUCUCCCUGUGGUGAGAGGAGUCUCAAUCUCUGCCAGUUCUCACUCCUGCAAGAGAGAAGUCAUUUGGGAAGGCAGGUGAGGAGUGCAGGGGAAUACUUGUUGGGUUUAGAAGCUUUUUAACUUUCUCCCAAGUGCAACAGAUACAGAAGACUUCACUUGUAGCCAUGAGCUGAGCCUGCCCAGGCAAACCCCAGGACUAGCAGAAACUGGCAGAAGACUCUUCUCCCAUAGCCUAAGCACAUGCUCCAACUCCCUGUUUACCAUGACUGGUCUCUAGUGUUCCCAUAAGAUCACAAGAAAUUAGGGCUGCUUAGGGCCUGUCACAAAGAGAGAAAACUUCUGGAGGAGAGACCUGAACCCAUGCAACUGGAUGCAAACGUUCUUUUGCAGUUACCCCAUAACUUGGCCCUUGCUCAGAAUGGCCAAGGUUAUUUUGAAAUGGCCAAGAGAAUCAAGCAUUUAAAAAAAACCACCAAGAAAACCCCAAAGUUCUUCACAAAUACCCAGAGGCAAGGUCCCACACUCCCCUAUGGACACAGUCAGUAUUGUGUGUGUGUGUUUCUGGUGAAGUGAAGCCAAACCAACAAGACACUAGCAGAGCCCUCCCCUUCACAUGUUUGUUCUUACCUCACACACAGCCCAUGGCAUUCUUAGUACACAAGCAACUAAAAUCCCUCUGUAUCAGAGCACA